GCAUUGACGCAAGCCCUGAGAGUCUCGCCAAAUUCACCAUGCACAAGCGUCUGCACCGAUUCCAACUUCUCACAAUCGGACCCAACCUUCUUCGAUGAACAAUGGAAAGACAUUGUCUGCACCGACACAGCCUUCGAUGGUACGCCACAGGGGAAAAAGCUGGAGAGCUGCUUCACGUGCCUACAGAAUAGCACUUACACCCAUGGCAGCGAGAGUGACCAGGAUUGGUUCCUCUAUAACCUACGGUACUCUGCCAGCUACUGCAUGUUUGGCUAUCCCAACAGCACUGGUUUCGACUCGGGCCCUUGUACGACGACCGUGGGGUGUGGAAGCCUCUCUGAUGCCCUUGAGCUAAGCAUCAAGAACCCAACGAGCUUGACCCCUUAUGAUUAUUGCGAUGUCAAUGGGGGUGCCAUCACCAGCAAUCAAGUUCAAGGAUGCCUACAGUGCAUCCAGGCGGAUGGAGAGCACGAAUAUAUGUCCAACUUCCUUCUUGCCUUACAAGGGGCUUGCCAGGUGAAGCCUACUUCAGAUUCCGUCUUGGUUCUGAACAAGCCACUCUUUGGGAAUGAUACCGUCCAAGUUGUUAGUUCGUCAUCAUCUUCCGACAACAAAGGGCCUACAAUUUCCACCUCGACAAUCGUGGGCAUCGUCGUUGGUGGUGUCGUUCUAUUGGCCUUGAUUGCAGGCUUCACGUUUGUAUGCAUUCGCAAACGCAGAAAUCGUGCCAAGGAGCAAGACCGCGCCUCUGGCUAUUCUUUCCGCUGCCAGACCAGAGUGACUCCCACCGAUGACAACUUCCAUGGCAACGAGAAGGCGCAUGUCAUGGUUACCAAUGGUAUUCCCAUCGGUGCAAAUGUGUAUCCUCAGGCCCAAUAUCCCUGGAAUAGCCAGAGCUCAUUAAACGUCACCAUUAGCCGACAGGACAGCGCGAUCAUGCGGCCCAGCGUCAUAACUAGCCUGCCACCACCUCCUUCGGCGCACAUCUCUCCUCGGCUUUCUUCGCCGGAUGAUUACUCGACUCCAGCUUCUGCUGUUUCCACUCGGUCCAGUGCUCCUCUACUUGCCACUCCGCAGCGGGGGUAUUCUCCUUCACCUCACUUGGCCCAGUCUAGCUGGUCACUCAGCCCAAGACCAAACCGCCUCGAUAAGAGGUGGGAAGAUGAAAAUCAAGGAUUCGGUAAUGCUCUUGGGCUUGUUAGCAAGAAGAAGAACCAGACGAACGCGGUGAGCCCUGUCCAGAGCGAGGUUAUUCAGACAUCUUUCCCGCCACCACCU